AUGGUUUCGGCCGUUGAAGUCCCUUCCACCUUGGGGUUCACUUCCGCCGCCUCGCUAGAUGCCGUGUAUGGCGACGGCACAGCCGCACGCGUGCACAGCUCUCGAAUCCUGGUUGUUGGCGCUGGCGGAGUCGGCUGUGAGCUUGUUAAGAACCUCGCAUCUACAGGCUUCUCGCACAUCACCCUCAUCGACCUCGACACCAUCGACGUCUCCAACCUCAAUAGACAGUUUCUCUUCCGCAAGCACCACGUCGGCAAAUCAAAGGCUGUCGAGGCGGCCGCCACCAUCACCGCCAUGGUGCCUUCUACUGAAAUUGAGGGUAUCGUCGGCAAUAUCAAGGACACCAAGUUCGGCAUCAGCUUCUUCAAGAGCUUCAACAUCGUCUGUUGCGCACUCGACAACCUCGAGGCCCGCCGCCAUGUUAACCGCAUGUGUCUGGCAGCCGAUGUGCCCAUGAUCGAGAGCGGCAGCACAGGGUAUGUGGGACAGACCUCUGUCGUAGCAAAGGGGUUUGAAUGCUACGACUGUACUACGCGGCCUCAGCCGAAGUCGUACGCGGUAUGUACCAUUAGAUCCACGCCAGAAAAACCCGUCCACUGCGUGGUCUGGGCAAAGUUUCUCUACGAGCUCAUCUUUGGUCCGGAUGACGACGGCAACGUCUUGAAGGAUCUCGACAUGGAUACGGGCCGCGCGGCGAACGAGGCCUCUGCUUCGAUACCAGACACGGAGAAGACAGGGCCUAAGGAGGAUGCGAAGAAGGGCAAAGAACCUGUAAAAGCCCCACAGGCGAACGGUCAUGAAAAUGGUCACUCAGAGCAAUCAACUGAAAACAACGGUACCGUCAUUGCGCCAAAAUCUAAGCGCGUGCGAUACGCUGAGGGCGAAGAUCCAGAGGAAUUUGCUAAACGGGUCUGCGAGCUCGUAUUCGUGACCGAUAUUGAAAAGCAAAGAAAAAUGACAGAAUUGUGGCAAGAGCGCGCACCGCCUCUUGUGUACGAUGUUGGUGGAGUUGUUGACAAUCUUUCAGAGGAAUUUAAGCAACCCAACCUGUCGGACCAGACUUCGUGGACAAAAGAGAAGAGCGCGGUUGUGUUCAGAGAAACCUUGAAACACAUUGCCUCACAUCGAAAGGAGGAGGUCGGGAAUCUCACCUUUGACAAAGAUGACAAGGAUGCGCUCAUGUUCGUCUGUGCUGCAUCCAAUCUCAGAUCGCAUGCCUACGGGGUGCCACUGCAGAGCCCUUUUGCAGUCAAAGGAAUUGCAGGCAAUAUUGUCCAUGCAAUCGCUACAACAAAUGCGGUCGUUGGAGGACUAAUUGUACAAGAGGCUCUGAAAGUUAUGGCUAAUAAUGGCGACGUCCGCGACUGUCUGACCACGUUUGUCAGCAAGGCACCGGUUGGAGCAAGAGUGAUGAAGAUAUUGUAUCCGGAGCAAUUACGGAAGAAGAACGAGAAAUGCUUUGUCUGCUCGAAGGGUCACCUGCAGUUAAUCCUUGACUUGGAGAAGACCAAAUUGAGGACAGUGGUCAACACGGUGCUGCAGAAGAGAAUGUGUGUUCUACAGCCAACUGUGAACCUGACUGCAGGAGAGUAUCACAAUACCCUUUAUGAAUGCGGAGUGGGGCUUGAGGCAGAUGAAAUAGAAGAGUACGAGCAGAAUUUAGAAAAAAGUCUUCAGGAACUACGAGUCACAGAUGGAAGCGAACUGGUUGUAUCAGAUUUGGCGCAAAAUCUGAGCUGCACCGUGCAUGUGAGCCAUGCGAGCGGGUUGUAUGAAGAUAAGGCAGAAUGGGAGAGGUUCAGGCUGGAAGGUAAGAUUCAGGAAGCUGAGGUUGACACGAACGGGGUUCGUUCUGAAGAUGAUAGCACUGAAGACGUUGACGAUGAAUGUCUUGAAGUACCGGUACAAGAGAUGGAGGGCAGCUGUGCAGCUGCUCCGAAUACGUCAGUCGCAAUUGCUGACGAAGCGAAUGUAACGGUGACAGCGGAAGGAGAGGACCGAGGUGGUAAGAAGAGAAGUCUGGACCAUGCUGAGAAUGGAAGAUUGGACGGGGAACCAGAAUCCAAAAAGAUGCGAGGAGAAGAAAGGGAAAGUAUGGAGGCGGAAAAUCGAUGAUUGGAACAGGCGUGGCCGUAAAGCAUGUGCAAAUCAAAACAUAUACGCACGACUUGAGGUAAGACUCAGACGAUGCAUUUAUUGCACUUGGUAAACUAUACAGAAGAGUGAGAUUUGCGAAGCCCGAGGCCACGCGUGGUGUUACCGCGAGGCGACAUGUACAUACUCCGAUACUUCCCCAGGGAGGAGUCCGUGAGAGAGCACACGUGCUCUCUCUCACGCCAGCCCUUUUGCGGUGGACAUACGGCCAGGGACGGGCAACCGCAGGGGGAAAUAAUCUACACGCAGAUGGCUUGCGUUGGCAGUCUCAACAGGUGCAGUGAAACUGACGUCUGAACUGCUCUGCGAACAGAGCCGCUAUGAACAACAAGAUGAGAAAGGGGAGGUCUGUGGUCUCGUCGCCGAACGCCUCGACAACGUUGUUCUGCUCGUCGUCAGCCGCCGGGGCUUGCGCAAGCUUCUGCGGGCGACGGCCUGAGCCGUCGUUUCCGUUGUUAUCACUGCGGUCUGGGAAUUCCAUGUCGUUGUCUGAUUGCCUGUGCAAUACAAGGAGGAAGCGAGGAAGGGCUAGGCUGCGAUAUAGGCAAGGCUUCUGUGGCGAUGUCGGCAACCGACAGUAUGAGGGUGGAUGCGACUUGCAAGAGGCUAGCGUCAGGUGUGUGAAUACAGAGCGAUGUGAGACCGCCGUGUGGAGCGUUGCUGGGCGGAAGAGUACUGGGGCGCGACCACGCGGUGAAUCCCGUGAAUUUGUCGUGGCGGAAGUGCGCGACUGAUGGCGCCCGUUCUUGGGGAGAGGAAAAUAUUGUCGCGGAGCCUGAUGUGACCGUGCAUGAGAUAUACUCCCUUCCCUGCACUGUGAAAUUAUUGAAUUUCAGCAUCCGUGGAGAAUGAUGCGCAUUGUGCGGUACGUGGCGGUGACCCCUCUCCCCUGCUGCUUUUUGCGGGCCAGCCGCCUACAAAAGCAUCUUCUUCUAAGAAACGCGGGUUCGCAAAAUGUCCCCAACAAAAAACAAAUACAAGCACCGAUUUCACGAUUUUCAUUCUAGAUCAGCGCGCACCAGGUAUUGGUGCAGAAUUAAAAAUUGCCCAUCUUGUAGCUUCAGGCCA